GAAACGGGCGGCCAGUAGGAGGCGCUGUGGAACCUCUUGGCGGCCUGGGCCCAACGCUCCCCUUUCCUGCACGAAUGGCGGCAGCCGGUUGUGGGGCUGGGCUCGGGACAUCCACAGGACUGGAGGCGGCGACGCUGCAGAAGCUGGCGCUUCGGCGGAAGAAGGUGCUGGGAACUGAGGAGAUGGAGCUGUACGAGCUUGCGCAGGCUGCUGGUGCCACCAUCGACCCCGAUGUGUUCAAGAUCCUGGUGGACUUGCUGAAUCUGAACGUGGCUCCCCUGGCCGUCUUCCAGAUACUGAAGUCCAUGUGUGCUGGGCAGCGGCUGGCGAGCGAUCCCCAGGACUCGGUAUCCAUGUCUCUGCCCACAUCAGAGACCCGAGGGUCUCACGUGGCCCAGGCUGACCUAGAACUAUGUACCCCAGAUUGGCCUUCAAUUCAUAAUUCUCCGUCUCCCAAAUGCUGGGAUUACAGGAAGAAACAGAGGUGGCCCCACUCUUGGCAGUGUGCCCAUAGUGGCAGAACGUGGAAGCCGUGAAGGACCCAUCCAGAGGAUGCCACGCCAGCCCAGUGCUACUAGGUUGCCCAAAGUGGCAGGACCUGGGAAAAGUAACUCCCGGAGCAGCACAUAGUCCAGAACAGAGGCUGCACUUGGCAUCACAGUUGAGGCAGAUGCUGUCCACUCUGCACUUCCUUCAACCUUCCUGAGAAGCUGAGCAUCUCUCUCUGCCACUUCUGGAUACUAUUAAAGCACAGCGAUUUAGAGUGAA